UGACGAACGUCGCUUUCACGUGCUCCACUCAUCACGCGCGUCCGUGAAGUGGCGUUUCAUCCUUCACUCUUCUUGGUUUCCCCCCCCCGCAUCUCUAAUUUAUUUCAGCCCUGAAAAGAUAGCGAGAACUAUCGAAGAGCUUCUUCAGCCGAUGUAGGACAUGCUUUUGCGCCACGGAACUCUCAAUGUUUUAUCGUGCGUUUUUGCCUGCGCUCGGUCUCCUGACAAAUGUAGAGAAAGUGCGCGGUGACCGCGAGCGCAGCGCACGGGGGAUGGUGACGCUGUCACCUUGCCGCCUGGUUCCCAUAUCUUCUUGACUUUUUUUCUUUUUCUUUUCCAGUGGAGUAUAUUCUAGACGAACUUGUGAAUGUAAAAGAAGGCGGCUGUUGAGAAGCAACUGAACCGUCCAGCUGCCCACGCUGCCGCUGGGUCGCUCUGCACAUCCGUGCGCACUUCUGAGGAGAAAAACAGCGAGCAACUAAAAAAGGGGACAAGACGCGUCCUUGUUUUUCGUGAAUAUUUCGCCCAGUCCUCGUUUGGUGCGCUCUGGAGAGACGUGGAGCUAUUUCAAGCUUUCUGUUUCUCGGGAUAUAUAACAUUAGAAUGCUAGCAUCCGUAACAUUUGGAGUAAAGUGUCCAACUUAAGGUGACCAUUACGCUCGAGCGUCGACGUUUUGUUGGAACGCAUAAAUGGACGAAUACCAGGAGGACUGAUUCGGAAUUGUUGUCUGGAAAAAUGUGGCUGAAACGGUGUGUCACACGCAGUUCCAUGGUUGCUUGGCGACCUGGAGGAAUGCUGGGAUGUAGAAUGUGGAUCCUCUUCAUCCUUGUCCACCUCACAAUGGAUCUGUCUCUGUGUGCACCAGCAGGCCAAGGGCUCACACUCAAACUACUGCCCAGAUCAGUGCCCCGCCGGCAGCCACACCCUCUGCCUAGUCGGGACACGCUCACCGGCCAGCACUUGAGGACUCUGGGUGUCUUGCAUCGUGGUGUUCCCCCUCCCUUGCCAUCACUAGGCAAUCAUGGGGAGCUGGGGGGCACCAAACUGUGGGGGCGGAAAAACCGCAGGUCACUCCAAAAACGACAACUUUGUGCGGAGUGCCAAUUGACCCCCUCUGACAAAGGGAAGUCGAUUGCAUUACCAGAGGGGAGUAAAUCUGAUUUAAAUCUGCAUUUAUCUCGCUCACGGAGGCAGCUGAAAGGGUACGGCUAUGACUCCCUGGAGGGGAGGACCACCACAGUAGCAGGAUUUAUUGACUGGGGCCCUACAGGGGUCGACGAGGGGCUUGAGGAGGAGGCGAAGGUGACCCCGAAUGCCACCGUCACCUCUUUAGCCCCUUCCAUCACCACAGUUACCGUAACUAGCACUACCACACGCAGCCCCCAAAGGACGUAUGCGGUGAUUACAACUGCACAUCCUAAGAGGCACAGCACCACACAGCCAAGCAACUCCAGAGUGACUGCCAAACCACCGAAACCUUUUGGGGACACACCAGGUCUGGCUGUUCACCAGAUCAUCACCAUCACUGUGUCCCUCAUCAUGAUCGUUGCAGCCUUGAUCACGACUCUAGUCCUUAAAAACUGUUGUGCGCAGUCCGGGAAUGGCCGACACAGCAGCCAUCAGAGAAAGAUCAACCAACAAGAGGAGAGCUGUCAAAACCUGACCGACUUCACGCCCGCCCGCGUGCCCAGUAAGGUGGACAUCUUCACCGCCUACAAUGACAGUUUACAGUGCUCACACGAGUGCGUGCGGGCCGGCAUACCGGUGUACACGGAUGAGAUGAUCCAGCACACACCCAUCUACAAGACCUCCUACAAUGGAAACAGACCGUCGCCCACUGAAAGGCAGCUAAUCCCUGUGGCCUUUGUGUCUGAGAAAUGGUUUGAGAUCUCCUGUUGAGGCCCCUUUACUACCUUUGGGUUGAGCCCACGUCUUCAAUUUGUGCCCUGGAUCUCAUUGGAAAACCUGUGAAUCAAACACAAAAGACUAAAACACAAUAAAGCAAAACAAAACCACAAGAACAACAACGACAAGCAAUUAAAGAGACGGGAAGUGAGACGAUCAGGCAGUUUUGUACAAAUGUUGGAUCUCUCUAGAAGUGGACUGAAGAUGUUUAUUUUUCUAGACUGAUGCAGUGCUAUGGAUACCACUCCCAAAUUAUUUUCCAUAGACAUGUGAUCAUUUUAGAGAUGAUAUACCUAGAGCUGAUAUAUUAUAUACGUGUAUUACUGCACAUGUGGGUGUGCUGGAGUGGAGAGGCCAUGGGACGCUCUCUGACACGAUACGUCUGCUUGUGUGGAGAAAAGACUCUCCUGAACUUUGUGCCAAUAAUGCCAUUAUGUGCCACUACAUAUAUAGAUAGGACGCGUUCAGUUUUGUGGAAAAUUACAGACACAUCAAGUCAUUUCAGUGACCGUCUCCCAAUAUCAAUCUGUCAUCCGUUUUUGUAUAAAAAGUAUGAAUAUGUAUUUGAAAUAGCUGAGUAAAACGUGUUACAAAUGUCCAAAAAAUAUUUAUAUGGAGCACUACUCAUUUAGAGG